GUAGCUUAAAGUUUCAGCUGUACUAAGUACUACACUUCUCUCUCUCUCUUCUGCUAAUCACUUUCUCUCUCUUAGGGUUUCUGGUUUCAGUGAAGAAGAAGAAGAAGAUUCAAGUUCUGUUCUUCAUCGUCUUCGGCAUUGUAUGGUUUCGAUUACGUUUGAUCAAGUUUAUUCAAGCUCUUUCACACUCCACAAGGGAAGAUUUUGAUUGGAGUUUGAGCAAUAAUGACUUCUAGAGGGAGGUCCGAUCAGACUCCGCCGCCGCAGCAACAGCCGCAGCGGCGGAUCCAGCGGACACAGACUGCUGGUAAUCUUGGAGAGAGUAUAUUUGAUAGUGAGGUUGUGCCGUCUUCGCUUGUUGAGAUUGCUCCGAUUCUUCGUGUUGCUAAUGAGGUUGAGUCGAGUAAUCCGAGGGUCGCUUAUCUCUGUCGGUUUUAUGCCUUCGAGAAAGCUCAUAGAUUGGAUCCCACAUCGAGUGGUCGUGGUGUUCGGCAAUUUAAAACUGCUCUCCUUCAGCGUCUUGAAAGGGAAAAUGAUCCAACAUUAAUGGGAAGGGUUAAAAAGAGUGAUGCACGUGAAAUGCAAAGUUUUUAUCAGCAUUACUACAAAAAAUAUAUCCAAGCUUUGCAGAAUGCUGCAGAUAAAGCUGACCGUGCGCAGCUUACCAAGGCAUACCAGACUGCUAAUGUACUCUUUGAAGUUUUAAAAGCAGUUAAUAUGACGCAAUCCAUGGAAGUCGAUCGAGAGAUUCUGGAGGCACAAGAUAAAGUUUUAGAGAAGACUCAGAUUCUAGUUCCAUAUAAUAUUCUUCCACUAGAUCCUGAUAGUGCAAAUCAGGCAAUUAUGAGAUAUCCCGAGAUCCAAGCUGCUGUUGUUGCCCUCCGUAACACUAGGGGUCUUCCUUGGCCCAAGGACCAUAACAAGAGAAAAGAUGAAGACAUUUUGGACUGGCUUCAGUCGAUGUUUGGGUUUCAGAAGGAUAGUGUGGCAAAUCAAAGAGAGCACCUAAUUUUAUUGCUUGCUAAUGUGCACAUUCGACAAUUUCCAAAGCCUGAUCAGCAGCCCAAGUUGGAUGAUUGUGCUCUGACAGAAGUGAUGAAGAAGCUCUUCAAGAACUACAAAAAAUGGUGCAAGUACUUGGGUCGUAAAAGUAGCCUUUGGUUACCAACCAUACAGCAAGAAGUUCAGCAGCGCAAACUUCUAUACAUGGGACUGUAUCUUUUAAUAUGGGGGGAGGCUGCAAAUUUAAGAUUUAUGCCCGAAUGCCUUUGUUAUAUAUAUCAUCAUAUGGCCUUUGAAUUGUAUGGUAUGCUAGCUGGGAAUGUCAGUCCCAUGACAGGUGAGAAUGUGAAGCCGGCCUAUGGAGGUGAAGAAGAGGCUUUCUUAAGAAAAGUUGUUACUCCCAUCUAUGAAGUGAUUGCCGAGGAAGCUGAAAGGAGUAAACGAGGAAGAUCAAAGCAUUCACAAUGGAGGAACUAUGACGAUUUGAAUGAAUACUUUUGGUCCGUUGAUUGCUUCCGGUUAGGUUGGCCAAUGCGGGCGGAUGCUGAUUUCUUUUGUAUGCCUCUUGAACAACGCCGCCUUGACAGAAAUGGGGAAAACAGCAGGCCAAUUAGCAGUGAUCGGUGGGUUGGAAAAGUUAAUUUUGUUGAGAUACGGUCGUUUUGGCAUGUUUUCAGAAGCUUCGACCGUAUGUGGAGUUUUUUUAUUCUUUGCUUACAGGCUAUGAUUAUUAUCGCGUGGAAUGGUACUGGACAACCUGGUGCGAUCUUUAGUGGUGAUGUUUUCAAGAAAGUGUUAAGUAUCUUUAUAACUGCUGCAAUAAUGAAGCUUGGCCAAGCUUUUCUUGAUGUAAUACUUAAUUGGAAAGCACAACGGAGUAUGUCAUUUCAUGUCAAGUUACGGUAUAUAUUGAAGGUUGUUUCAGCUGCUGCUUGGGUGAUAGUUCUACCAGUUACUUAUGCUUAUACUUGGGAGAACCCUCCUGGAUUUGCUCAAACAAUAAAAAAUUGGUUUGGAAACAAUUCAAGUUCGCCUUCCUUGUUUAUUUUGGCUGUUGUGAUCUACUUGUCUCCAAAUAUGCUGGCUGGAUUAUUGUUUCUAUUUCCUUUCAUCCGUCGUUUCCUUGAGAGAUCAAACUAUAGAAUUGUGAUGCUAAUGAUGUGGUGGUCCCAGCCACGCCUCUACGUUGGCAGGGGAAUGCAUGAGAGUACAUUUUCACUUUUUAAGUAUACCAUGUUUUGGGUUCUCCUUAUAAUCACAAAGUUGGCAUUCAGUUACUAUAUAGAGAUAAAACCUCUAGUAGGACCGACAAAAGCUAUCAUGGAAGUGCAUAUAUCUACUUUUCAGUGGCACGAGUUCUUUCCCCGUGCCAAAAAUAAUAUUGGUGUUGUUGUUGCACUAUGGGCUCCAAUUAUUCUUGUCUAUUUUAUGGAUACCCAGAUUUGGUAUGCAAUCUUCUCAACGUUAUUCGGUGGUAUUUAUGGUGCAUUCCGCCGACUUGGAGAGAUUCGAACACUGGGAAUGCUUAGAUCUCGUUUUGAGUCCCUUCCUGGUGCUUUUAACGCCCGCUUGGUUCCGGUGGAAAAGAAUGAGCCAAAGAAGAAAGGGCUGAGAGCAACUCUCUCUCGCAAAUUUGCUGAGAUCCCAUCAAACCAAGAGAAGGGGGCAGCAAAGUUUGCUCAGCUAUGGAACAAAAUCAUAAGUAGCUUUAGAGAGGAAGACCUUAUAAGUAACAGGGAAAUGGACCUUUUGCUGGUUCCGUACUGGGCUGACCGUGAUUUGGAUCUUAUACAGUGGCCUCCAUUUUUACUUGCCAGCAAGAUUCCAAUAGCAUUGGACAUGGCCAAGGACAGCAAUGGAAAAGAUAAAGAUCUAAAAAAGAGAAUUGGGGCUGACAGUUACAUGUCUUGUGCUGUUUGUGAAUGCUAUGCUUCAUUCAGAAACAUUAUUAAGAAAUUGGUUCAAGGGAAACGUGAAACAGAUGUUGUUGAGCAUAUAUUCAAUGUCGUUGACAAGCAUGUAGCAGAUGGUGAUCUACUUACUGAAUUCAAGAUGAGUUCCCUCCCUACACUUUAUGGGCACUUUGUUAAGCUUAUUGAAUUUAUGUUGGAAAAUAAGGCAGACGAUAGCAACAAAGUCGUGCUUGUUUUCCAGGACAUGUUAGAGACUGUGACCAGAGAUAUAAUGAUGGAGGAUCAACUAUCAAGUUUGGUGGAUUCAAUCCACGGCGGAUCAGGCUUUGAGGGAUCAAUCCCACUGGAUCAACAAUAUCAGUUAUUUGCAUCUGCUGGAGCUAUUAAUUUUCCUAUCGAUCUGACAGAGCAGUGGAAGGAAAAGAUAAAGCGGCUGUAUCUAUUGCUUACGACAAAGGAAUCUGCCAUGGAUGUGCCAUCCAAUUUGGAAGCAAGAAGAAGAAUGUCGUUUUUCUCAAAUUCAUUGUUUAUGGAUAUGCCUGAUGCCCCUAAAGUUCGCAAUAUGCUCUCUUUCUCGGUGUUGACUCCUUACUAUACAGAGGAGGUUCUUUUCUCCUUGCGUGAUUUGGAAGAGCCAAAUGAAGAUGGUGUCUCAAUUCUCUUCUACUUACAAAAGAUCUUCCCAGAUGAAUGGGAAAACUUCCUUGAGCGAGUCGAUUGCCACAACGAGGAGCAGCUAAAAUUAUCUGAUGAACACGAAGAAAAACUCCGUCUUUGGGCUUCAUACAGAGGCCAGACCUUGACUAGAACAGUGAGGGGUAUGAUGUACUACCGGAAAGCAUUGGAGCUUCAGGCUUUUCUUGAUAUGGCUGAAGAUCGGGAUUUAAUGGAGGGAUAUAAGGCUGUGGAGUUGAAUUCAGAGGAUCAACAGAAAGGGGAAAGAUCUCUGUGGGCGCAAUGUCAGGCAGUAGCUGAUAUGAAAUUCACAUAUGUUGUAUCUUGCCAACUGUAUGGUAUUCACAAACGAUCUGGUGAUGCUCGUGCACAGGACAUUUUGAGGCUGAUGACAGCAUAUCCAUCACUCCGUGUGGCAUACAUUGAUGAGGUUGAGCAACCUAGCUUAGACAGAUCAAGUUCAAGAACAAACCCAAAACUUUAUUAUUCAACUCUUGUAAAAGCUGCUUUCCCAACAAAGUCUAUUGAUUCACAGGAACCGAUUCAAAAUCUAGAUCAGAUUAUAUAUAAAAUAAGACUUCCAGGACCUGCAAUCUUGGGUGAGGGAAAGCCAGAAAACCAGAAUCAUGCCAUUAUUUUCACUCGUGGGGAAGGUUUGCAAACGAUAGACAUGAACCAGGAUAACUACAUGGAAGAAGCUUUAAAAAUGAGGAAUUUGCUGGAAGAAUUUCUUAAGAAGCAUGAUGGUGUGAGGUUUCCUUCAAUUCUUGGACUUAGGGAACAUAUAUUUACUGGCAGUGUUUCUUCUCUAGCUUGGUUCAUGUCAAAUCAGGAGACCAGUUUUGUUACAAUUGGUCAGAGAUUGUUGGCUAACCCACUGAAGGUUCGUUUCCACUAUGGUCAUCCGGAUGUGUUUGAUAGGCUCUUUCACCUUACUAGAGGAGGUGUCAGUAAAGCGUCAAAGGUUAUCAAUCUGAGUGAAGACAUAUUUGCUGGAUUCAACUCUACGUUACGUGAGGGAAAUGUCACUCAUCAUGAGUACAUACAAGUAGGGAAAGGGAGAGAUGUGGGUCUCAACCAGAUUUCCAUGUUUGAAGCGAAAGUGGCUAAUGGAAAUGGAGAGCAGACAGUCAGUCGAGAUAUUUAUCGUCUUGGACACCGUUUUGAUUUUUUCCGGAUGUGUUCAUGUUAUUUCACAACAAUUGGUUUCUACUUCAGUACUUUGGUAACUGUGCUUACUGUGUAUGUGUUUCUCUACGGUCGGCUCUAUCUUGUUCUUAGUGGUCUUGAAGAGGGUUUAAGUACUCAACCAGGUGUACGAGAUAACAAGCCCCUUCAAGUUGCUCUUGCUUCUCAAUCUUUUGUUCAAAUUGGUUUCUUGAUGGCCUUACCUAUGUUAAUGGAAAUUGGUCUCGAAAGAGGUUUCCGGACCGCACUAAGUGAAUUUGUAUUGAUGCAACUGCAAUUAGCCCCUGUGUUCUUCACAUUCUCACUCGGAACAAAAACCCACUAUUACGGAAGGACUCUACUCCACGGAGGUGCUAAAUAUAGGUCUACAGGUCGAGGAUUUGUCGUGUUCCAUGCCAAGUUUGCCGACAACUAUAGGCUCUACUCCCGUAGCCAUUUUGUAAAGGGUCUAGAGCUCAUGAUUUUGUUGAUUGUGUACCAGAUAUUUGGCCAGCCUUACAGAAGUGAUGUUGCGUAUGUUUUAAUCACUAUAUCUAUGUGGUUUAUGGUUGGCACCUGGCUUUUCGCACCUUUCCUAUUCAAUCCUUCUGGUUUUGAGUGGCAAAAGAUUGUCGAUGAUUGGACUGAUUGGAAUAAGUGGAUAAGCAACAGAGGAGGUAUCGGUGUUCCGCCUGAAAAGAGUUGGGAAUCAUGGUGGGAGGAGGAGCAAGAGCAUCUCCGUCAUUCUGGUAUCCGGGGUAUAGUAGUCGAGAUACUGUUAGCUAUUCGAUUCUUUAUUUAUCAGUAUGGGCUUGUAUAUCACUUGACCAUUUCAUCCAACAAAAGUUUCCUGGUAUAUGGCAUUUCGUGGCUGGUGAUAUUUGUAAUUUUGUUUGUAAUGAAGACGGUGUCUGUCGGGAGGCGAAAGUUCAGCGCGAAUUUCCAACUCAUGUUUAGGCUAAUAAAGGGGUUAAUAUUCAUGACAUUUGUGGGCAUUAUCAUCACUCUUAUUGCCCUUCCUCACAUGACAGUUCAAGACAUUCUUGUGUGUAUUCUUGCUUUCAUGCCCACUGGCUGGGGAAUGCUUUUGAUUGCACAAGCCCUGAAACCCGUAGUCCACAGAGCUGGGUUCUGGGGAUCGAUUCGGACUCUAGCUCGGGGGUUCGAGAUAGUGAUGGGUUUGCUUCUGUUCACACCGGUUGCUUUCUUGGCGUGGUUUCCAUUCGUGUCGGAAUUCCAAACUCGUAUGCUUUUCAACCAAGCAUUCAGUAGAGGUCUACAGAUUUCUCGUAUUCUUGGUGGUCAAAGGAAAGACAGAGCCUCCCGAAACAAGGAGUAGUAGUACUACACACACUACUAAUAUGUAUGUGUAUGUAUUGUUGUUGUAUACACCCUUGUUCAUAAUUUUAAUUCUAAUUUAUAUUAUUAUGGACAUAUAUGUAUGAGUUGUGGGCUGCAAUUUUGUUUAUUUCCUUUAUUAGGUUUAGUUAUUAUCUUCUAACUGAGCUAAAGCCCCACCCCAUCAUCUCCUUCCCUUAUAUUUAUUUAUAUGACAAUAUAUAUGGAAGGGACUUUUGUUCAGAUUUUAAUUAAUUACAUUCCUUUGUGAUCUUUGUUUA